AUGUCGUCUCGAUUUCCCCCUUCGUCCGGGUUUAACUCCCGCGACCGCUCCCCGCCGCGCUUCGGGGACCGCCGUGCCCCUGUCGGUCCCCGUGGCCCCGACGACGGGAGUCCUUCUUUUGACAGGGAGCCUCCGCGUGGCCCCCGUGCUCUUGUUGACUCUCCUCGAGGUGGCUUCGGUCGAGGACGCGGCUAUGGUCGUGGUGAUUUUAGAGAUCGAGACCGCGACCGAGACAUGCGAGACCGUGACCGCGACCGCGAUUUUCGAGACAAUCGCGAUGCACCCCCAUUCCGCCGCGAUAUGGACCGGGACUGGAGUCGCCGCGACCGUAACUUCGACCCUCGAGAUGCGCCCCGAAUGGGCUUCGGCCGCGGCCGUUCACGCUCCCCCACACGCGAUUUCCGCGACCUAAGAGACCCUCCCGGACGAGACUUCGAUCUGAUUCGCAUGCGACGCAAUUCUCGUGAUAGUCUGUUAUCGGCAUCAUCAGGCGGUCCUGAAGGCCCGCCCUCCAGUGGUGGCCAUCCGCGCGGUGGCUCCAUGCGAGGACGUGCACGCGGGGACUGGGAAGGAGGGCGAGGCCGGGGUCGUCCACCUUACAUGGAUGACCGGGAGCCCCCGUUUCGACGACGGAGUCGUUCUCGCGAUACAUGGCGAGAUCGCGGUCGAGAUCGGAUGCCUGAUCGCGACAGAGACCGCGAGAUAGACCGCGAUCGUCUGCUCGAACGAGAACGAGACCGGGAUAUCCGCGAGAGAGAUCGGGAUCGUGACCAAGAACGACGAGAACGAUUUGAUCGUCGGGAUGACUGGGAUCCUCGGCGCCCCGAUCGUGAAGACCGAGACCGGCCUGUAGAGCCCUGGAAGCGGGAACGUCCCCCAAGCCGGGCCUCUAGUCGUGGUCCGAUCAGCUCAACCGCCUCCUCAAACCCCAAUGCUAUGCCCCCCACAGCAGGGCCUCCUAUUCAGGGCCGCUUGCCAGACCAGCCCCCCUUGGACCAGUUCCGAAAAGCAUCGAUCGUCUCUGGUACAGUCGGGAUGGAAACUCGACGGGAUAGCGAACGCUCGGAUCCUGCCCUUCUUCGCCCUGAACCAUCCAAGGAUCUGGGACCCCUUGCUCAACACUCACCUCCUCCAUCAGCUCCUCAGGUUCCUGCUUUUGGCUCAGUGGCUGCUCCGAUAACAGCUGUGCCGUCAAGCAAAGAUCCCUCUGAAGGGCGCCCGACCACUGACUCCUCCGCGCAAAUCGAGAAAGAUCGAACAUAUGGACCACGUCGCCUAUCGGUGCAGCCUCCGACGGGCCCGAAAGCUGGACGAGUCGAAAGGUCUCCAGACCCUCCUUUCUACUCCUCGGAUAGCGGCCAUCAGCAAGAGGGACCAAUUCGUGCCGCCCAAGGAUACAGCCACCUCUCCGAGCGAUCUCCACCAACAGCUCCGGCGGCCAUGGCGAAGCGUGAUUCUAUCUCGGGCACAACCGAAUCGCAUAGACUGACGAAACCGAUCUCCAUGAACAUGUCUCCCACCUUUGCGCGACUGCCUCCACCGGGGCUGCAAGCCUCAUCCCAGGAACCCUCCAUCUCCCCGAGAAUGCAAUCAUCGACGAUUCCGACGGGUCCGCGAGCGUAUGCCGCUUCACCUCGGGGACCGAACAAAGGUAGCAAGCCGUGGACUCGCCCCAGCUCCAGCUUUGCCCCUUCCGUGUCCACUUUGCUGCCUAAAAGGGAAGCUGAUGAGUACGAUAACUCUCUUCCAGUGGAUGACAAGGCCCGCCAAAAUGGCCGACCAAACUCACCGACCCGCGCAGACGGCCAGGGCACUCACAAUAUGGCCACUGAUCACGCCGAAAAGCCCACUCCUCCGAGUUCGCCUUCCAUGAAGCUUCCGAUUCGCACCAGUCCGGCACCGGUCCCUACUGUGGAUACAAAAAGGAGUGUAGAAUCCGAACAGGGUGAUAAAGAUGACUCUGCUUUGAUUCCCGGUUUUGGGCAAUCGAGCGACGAAGAGGAAGAAGAAAAUGUGGUGUUCAACCAAGAAUAUCUCGAAGAGCGGAAGCAGAUUUUCGAAAGAGACAUGCAGCUCCUUCGAGCAGAGAUUCCACCUCCCCCUUUGGAAGAUCCUACCAUUGUCUCUCUGUUGAUGCGAAUUCAGUUACUUGGCAUGCUCGCCCAUGAAGAGGCACAGCAACCCCCGGAUCUUCUUCCGCUUCCAUCAGUUGAGAAGGAAGAGGUUUCCAAUGCUUCAGGCAAUGAGCGUGUGGUCGCUUUCGACCCGUACCUCAAGCCGGAGCAGCCCGAGCCCCAUCUGGAGCCUGUUGUUUCACCCGUUGAGUCACAUCCUGAAAUCACCAUUGAUAGUCUUCCUUUCCUGAACUCUGGUCCUCCCACGCCUUUAUCCGACUUGGAAGUAUGUCAAGAAAAUGUAUCCAUUCAGGAGCACCUCAAAAAUACCUUCUGCAGCGAACUUUCCAAGAAGAAAAAGGCGAUUGCAAAGAAGAACGCCGCGCUCCGGGAUGAAUACAUGUCAUAUUACAAACCCUGGAGGUUGACGGUUUGGGAAUUAGAUCGUUCCAAGGACAAGAAGCCUAUGACUCCGGGCCCUGCAUCGCCACCUGCACCUCCUGCCCCUGUAUCCCCGGCACCGAUCCCAGAAGGACGCGAGGGACGGCGAUACAAGGGUAACAGCGAGCUCGAUUUUCUCAACGCGUUGAGAGCCUCUGAGAUUUCUGCACAGGAGGAGCUGGAACGUCGCAGAACCAAAAUGGCGACUGCUAGGCCCGACUUGAGCCGCGAGGCAAUUAUUCCAGACAUGUUAGAGCGUGAGGAGGAGGUUGCUCGUAUCUACAAGGAUGUCAACAACAUUGUCGAAGCCCGCCAUGCCUUGGAUGUCUUUGGUUUCGUCCCGCCGCGAAAUGAUUUCACGAAAGAAGAGCAUGAGAUCUUCACUAAUGCCUUCAUGGCGUACCCUAAGAAAUGGGGUAAGAUUGCAGAGUCUUUGCCUGGUCGGACUUUCCAGCAGUGCAUCAUCCACUAUUAUCUCACCAAGGAAGAGAUCAAGUACAAGGCGAAGCUCAACAAGCGGUGGAGCCGCCGGGGAAGGGGAAAACAAAAGUCAAGCCGUCCCAAAUCCAAUGCGCUUAUCGCCGAUUUGGGUGUGGUCAAGCCAGACUUUGAUGGCGAGGAGGAGCCUGCUCCUGUGACCGAUACCGGCCGUCCACGACGCGCAGCAGCGCCUACCUUCGGUGAUUCCAACGAACCCGAAGGUGCAGCCACCGGACGCCGAAGCCAAAUGGGUAAAGAUGGCGAACUCAUUGAGAAACCUGCGUCCAGGCGCGGUGGUCGAACGGCGGGGACUCGAGGCCAACGCCGUGGGAGGACUACUCAGCCAGAGCAGAAAUCCCAGGGACCAACACCACAAAGCAACACCCCCAUUAUUGUCAUGCCACAGGUGGAAAUAGGUGCGGAUGGGCUGGUAGAGAGUAUUAUGCCUCAGGAUCGAGAGCUCGUCGACAAGGAGCUUCACCCACAAACGCCGCGUUCCAGGACAGCGCGUGGGAGAGCCAAGGAGGGCAUGUAUGUCUUUGAAUCGACCGAGGCGGAAACUACCAUGCCAGGCAAACAGAUGGAGACUGGAUACGGGUCUUUACAACCGACAAGCUACUGGUCUGUACCGGAGCAACGCGAUUUCCCCCGGUUGCUCGCACACUUUGGACGUGACUUCGAGGGUAUUUCGAACUUCAUGAAAACCAAGACAACGGUCAUGGUAGGUUUAUCCUAUCUCACUCGUUCUGCAGUCUUUCCCAUGCUAACCCGUUCAAUACAGGUAAAAAACUACUACCAGCGACGGCUCGAUUCGGGGCAGAAAGAUUUCGAAGACACACUUUUGAUCGCAGAGGAAAAGAAAGCCCGCGGCGAGCCAACUGGUCCUUUACCAGUCCCCAGCGUUGCACCCAAACGCCGGUAUGAGGCCACACCGUCAGCCAUUAUUCCUCGUCCUCUUGCUCCCCAUGGCGAGUUGAUGACCGAGGUUGAUGAGGCAAGGUUCCCCUCCAAGGGCAAGCCCCUCGCCAUGUCACCUCAGCCCAUGCCUCUUCAUGGGCGACCAAUGUCCGAGAAUGAGCGGAGUUCCAACCGCUACCCGGCGCUUGCACAAGCAUCCAAUGUGGGUUCAGUGCCGACUGUGGCCUCUACUCUCGGCGAGGAUGCGUCUCGCGCGAUGCGCACCCAGGCAGGGGCAGCCCAUCGGAUACAGGGACCGCGUCUAGGGUACUUCACUGAUGACCGACGCGAUUCAAUGAUGGCGCAUCCGAACCCUCGAGCUCAAGAAAUGCAAAUUUCGUCACGGCACAACCCUGGAGCGUCUAUGCCUCCAGACUUGGCCCGCAUGGAUCCUCUAUCCACCCAGGCCUACAUGUCUACCCAACCCCCGCCAUCCUUUCUUCCUCCGUCGCAUUCACGUCACCCGAGUCUUACUCAAGCCCCCGGAUCACCGACACAACUCCCACGGCCCGAGCUCGAUAUCUCUUCUGUGCACCGUGACCCCUUCGCUCAGAGACAAUACUAUCCACUGCCCGGUCAGUCAGUUGGUCUUGCUCAAUCACCACGACCGGUUUUGUCCCCCGUCAAGGAUGCUCCUCGAACGAGUGCCACUCCGGUUCCCGAGCCAACCUCUCGCCAAGUUCCCGCGAAGCGCUCCAAUAUCAUGAGCAUACUCAACGACGAACCGGAGGAUCCGCAGCCACGGAAGCGGUUUGCUAGUGAACAGGCGACUCCUAUCCCUGUCUCUGGCUCCUCUGCAUCGAGAUCCGCCUACCAACCUGCUGGGCCUGCUCGCCCCGACGAGACGCUUAUUGCAGGUACUGGGCCAAAGUCAUCUAGCUACUCUCAACAAAGCCAAUAUCCGACACCUUCACGUGGUUAUACGGAAUAUUCGAGCUAUGGACUUCCUCCAGGCGGUUCAGGGACAUCGGCGAACAAUGACUGGAUGGCACGUUUUGACCCUCGGGCACAGCAAGCUGGCCCGCCGCCACAAUCACAGCCACCGCAGUCAAGUGGCCGUGCAUUGACUCAAAGCUCCUUCUCGCCCUACGCUUCUGCUCCGCCGCAGCCGUCAGCUUCCUUGAGCAACCUCUCCGCCCCCUCUCCCGCCGCAACGCCGCCACCGGCGUCCCAACGUUCCUCUUAUCCUAAUGUCUUCUCGCAGCCGGCCCCUACAGCCUCUGGGUCUCGUGAUAUGCCCUCUCAGCCGUCAGUGUAUCGCCCCGGCUCUCCCCCACCGCGGCCCAGCAGUGUUGCUUUUGGCUCCCGACAGGAACAAACAACGCCUGUUCAGUCUUCGGCCAGCCUGUUUGGCCUCCCAUCCCGCCAGCCCGGCUCGCAGUCCUCGUACGCUUCUGCUGCACCACCCACUCCCGCUUCGGCACAGGCGCAUAACCAAAGUUACCAGCAGCAUGUGCAAACCUUGGUCAGCGGAUCACAUCAGUCGCAUCGCUCAACACCCGCCGGCCUAGCUGGCGGGCCUUCCCAGUAUGGACAUAGCACUCCCCCUCCUCAGGCGCAGGGUGGUCGAUCAAUGCCAUCUCUGGCAAGUCUCGAUCGCUCGUACACUCCACCAGCAGGCAUGCUUCCGCCUGGCAGCAGCAUGGGCUACGCCCCGCCCCCAUUGUCGACAUCAGGCCCGAUUCCGCCCCCUCAACGGCCAUCAGGACCAGGCUCGCGGGGCGAGCCUGCCUCCACGCCGACGCACCAUCGUGUCUACAGCCAAGGAUCGGCACAAGGUGGACUGCCGGGACCGUUGCAUCCAUCAUCGCAACAGCCUCGUUAA